CCACUCCCACACCUCACAGGUAGCUCCCACACACCAAGCGAAUCAAUCAGAGAGGAACAAGCUGCGAGCUAGUGGUAAGCAAGCAAGAAUCAAUGGAGGGCAAGGAUGAGGAUGUUCGUUUGGGCGCGAACCGCUACUCUGAACGCCAGCCGAUCGGAACGGCGGCGCAGGGCGGCGGCGAGGAUAAGGACUACAAGGAGCCUCCCCCAGCGCCGCUGUUCGAGGCGGAGGAGCUGACGUCGUGGUCCUUCUACCGCGCGGGCAUCGCCGAGUUCGUGGCCACGUUCCUGUUCCUGUACAUCAGCAUCCUGACGGUGAUGGGCGUGAGCAAGUCGUCGAGCAAGUGCGGCACCGUGGGCAUCCAGGGCAUCGCGUGGGCGUUCGGCGGCAUGAUCUUCGCUCUCGUCUACUGCACGGCGGGCAUCUCCGGCGGCCACAUCAACCCGGCGGUGACCUUCGGGCUCUUCCUGGCGCGGAAGCUGUCGUUCACGCGCGCGCUCUUCUACAUGGUGAUGCAGUGCCUGGGUGCCAUCUGCGGCGCCGGCGUCGUCAAGGGGUUCCAGCAGGGGCUCUACAUGAGCGCCGGCGGCGGCGCCAACGCCGUCAAUCCCGGGUACACCAAGGGCGACGGCCUCGGCGCCGAGAUCGUCGGCACCUUCGUGCUCGUCUACACCGUCUUCUCCGCCACCGACGCCAAGCGCAGCGCGCGCGACUCGCACGUGCCCAUCCUGGCGCCGCUCCCCAUCGGGUUCGCGGUGUUCCUGGUGCACCUGGCCACCAUCCCCAUCACCGGCACCGGCAUCAACCCGGCACGCAGCCUCGGCGCCGCCAUCGUCUACAACAGGUCCCACGCAUGGAACGACCACUGGAUCUUCUGGGUUGGCCCGUUCAUCGGAGCAGCGCUGGCGGCCAUGUACCACGUGGUGAUCAUCAGGGCCAUCCCCUUCAAGAGCCGCGACUAAUUAAGCAACCAUAUCAUUAAGCUAUAUAUGAAUAUGUGCAAGUGUUUAUGUGCUCGAUCGUGGGUCAACUCCGGCCCUUAGUUUCGCUCUUUUACCUGCUGUAAUUACCUAUCCGUCGCCACGUUUCGUGUGUCUGUGAUGCGGAGGCCUGUGUUUCUUGAUCGCGCCUUCAGCAAAAAUGUAAUCAGCCUGCAUUAAUAUUUCCCCUUCGAGCUGAGUUUGAUGAAUGGAGUCAUUGUCAGAAAAAAUAUCAAGCUUGCAUGCAGCUUAAUCAUGUCCUGCUAUGCUUUAUUGCAACUAUAUAUCUUCAAGUGCCCAUAUGAGAAUAAUGAAGACGAUCGAAGAAUAUAAUUAAUAUUAUGAAGA